ACUCUAGAGCUACGUUGGAACUUGUUAACAGCUGGCUUGCAUCAAAGCAUCUUACAAAAAGUCACAACAGUAUAUUCCGACCGAUAUCUCCAAGUGAGAGUAUGCCAUCUGUUUCAAUGCCAGAGAUGUCUGGAAGAGGUACAAUCCUCAAGACUUUCAGAAAGUCUUUUACAGGCAUGAGUGGGAAUUUUAAACAUUUGCUUUCACCAAGCUGUAUUAGUGGCAAACGCAAUUUUGACCACAACAGGAACAAAACUGCACUUGCUAAACUUGAUGAGAAGGAAUUAUUUAUGGAAUUAAUCCGUGAUAUAGCUAAUGAGCUGGACUUAAAUACAUUGUGCCACAAAAUUCUUAUGAAUGUCAGCAUGCUCACCAAUGGGGAUCGAUGCAGUUUGUUUCUUGUUCGAGGCUCCAAAGAUCAACGGUUCUUAGUUUCGAAACUAUUUGAUGUGACAGAGCAUUCAACUGUGGAAGAUUCAGUUCAUACACAAGAAGAGGAAAUUAAGAUACCAUUUGGUCAAGGAAUAGCUGGACAUGUGGCGCAAACAAAAGAAACGGUCAAUAUAAAAAAUGCAUAUGAG